AUGACUUCAGAAACGAGCCCUAAAGAACAAAAUGACCAAAUCCCUAAAAAUGAUACAUCGUUAUUGUCAAAUAUGUUUGAUGCAGAUCAAUCCAUGGAAUUAAAUAUUCGUAUAAAAAAUAAUUUUAUGUCUUAUUGUUUUUCAUUCUUACAAGACAAUGAAGAAACACAUCAAUGUGUUCAAAUUGUAUGGAAUAAAUAUUUACAAUGUGUUGGUGAUAUUGCAAUAUUAGCAGCGUUUUUUGACACACUUCCAGUGCAUGUAAAAACAUCUGUUCUACCAAAAUAUCAAACGGAAAUCGUUCAAUGGUGUGAAAAUUUAUUUCAUAUUAAUUGUAAUGCACUUCUUUGUUCAACAUAUUAUUCUGAAACAUUCCAACGUGUUAUUCGUUAUGCAUCGAAAUCGGAUCAAUUGAAGAAAGGAAUUAUUUAUAUUCCCAUGGAUUUUGAUCCAAAUUUAAAAAUUGAUCUAACUGCUUCAUUAUCAAAUAUUAAAUUUGAACAUAUUUCAAAUGAUGUUUCAUAUGAGAAUUUGAUUGAUAUUAAUCAACUUCAAGACUUUAUUCAACGUGAUUUAAAUGAUACACAAUCAUAUCCAUUUAUGGUUAUUGCCAAUGCUGGCUCAUCAUUAUUAGGUCAUUGUGAUCAAUUAACACAAAUUAAUAAAAUUUGUGGACAUUAUAAUGUUUGGCUUCAUGUUAUUGGAGAUUUAUUAGGAUCAAUGGCUUUGUUACCUUCAAUAAAAGACAAUGUAAAUAUCAAUUGUGAUAGUUUAACAAUCGAUAUAAUGAAAUUGUUUGGUAUACAAAAUCUUCCAUAUUUAACAUUUUUUCUCCGACCAACAACAGGAGUUAAACAAAUCGAUGAUAAUAAAACAUUAGUAACAACACAUCCACUUUAUGAUUUCAUUUUGCAUAGUCCAUCGAUUAGUUUUUUAAGUGUAUGGUCAAUUAGUCAACGAUGUUCACAUGAUACUGUUCUUUCUCACAUGAAACAAUCAUUUGAUUUAACAAAUUUAUUAUUAAAAAAUUUAAAAGGCAUUAAACGAUUACGAAUUCUGAAUGAAGAUAAUGAUCAAGAAGUUUAUACGUAUCAACGUAUUUGUUCAGGAGAUGCACCUAAUGAAUCUUUGCCAAAACCUGUUGUUAUUUUUCGUUAUGAACCUGACGAUCUAUCAGAACUUGAAACUAUGGAUGAUUCAAAUGGUUAUAUUGAUCUCCUCAAUCUUUGGUUAUUCGAUAAACUUUCUCAGCAAUAUCCUAAAAUGAAUUUAGAAUUACUUAAAAGUGUUCAUUUUCAAAUAUUAAAAUCUGAUAACAUGGAUUUAAAUCAAACUGCAGCUCAUGCUAUUCGUUUUGCACCAUUAGAACAUUUACUUGAUAUUAUUGAUCACAAUGAUAUGCAGUCAUUUGUUGAAGAUAUUCGACGUUACAGUGAAAUUCUUCUUGCCACGAUGAAUGGACGUAAAAAUCUUGCAUCAAUUGUCUCAAAAUAUGAGAAUCUUAUAUGUAUACCAAUGCCACAAUGGGCUGGUGUUGGCGCUGUACGUUAUAUUCCAAAUAUGAUAAAUCCAUCUGAAACUAAUCAACCAUCAACUGCUGAAAUAAAUACGAUUCAAGCUGAAUUAGCAAGACAAUUACAAAGCAAUGAUUCAGCAUUUUCCUUAGGUGUCGAAGCAGAUGAACAUGAUUCAAUGUUCUAUUUACGUUUAGGAAUGAUAAGAAAAUCUGAAGACCUUGAUGUACUAUUAGAAAAAGUUUUAAAAGGUGGUAAAGAAACAGAAGCGUCAUUGAAAUAUGUUGAAGACAUGGCAGACAAAAUUAGAAUAGGUAUUGAGAAAGUUCAAAGAGAUUUGCAGGAUGAAAAUUUACAACUAUUGGCUCAAGAAGGUCUUCUAAGACAAUUACCAUUGAUUUCAAAUGUAAUGUCCUGGUGGAGUCCAGCACCAUCGACAUCAAUGUUAGGUAAGAAAGGUCGAUCAUUUGAUUUAAAUUCUGGUCGAAUUGAAUCAACUGAAGAUACUUAUGCCUAUCGAAUGCAAGUUAAAAAGCAAUCUCCACAUGCACCGAUGCAUAAUAAUAACGAUAUAACACCGACUAAUACUAAUACUCUAGAAAAUUCAACUGAAUCAAAUACUAAACAAUAA